UCUGCAGUCAGUGUUUUAGUGUUUCAGGGUUUCAGUGUUUGGAGCUUCUGCUGGUCUGGAUUCGGGUCGGAUCCGCGGGAUUUCGGGAUUUUGGUGUUUUUAUCUGUUUAUUUCUGUCCGGAUUGAGAUGAGAUUCGGGCUGUAGUUCUGCAGAAUGACGGUGGAUUUUGAGGACUGUAUUAAAGACUCGCCGCGGUUCAGGGCGAAUAUUGAUGAGGUGGAGACGGAAGUGGUGGAGAUUGAAGCUAAGCUAGAUAAGCUGGUGAAGUUAUGCAGUGGGAUGAUCGAGGCGGGGAAGGCGUACGUCAGCGCCAAUAAGCUUUUUGUGAACGGCAUCAGAGACCUGUCUCAGCAGUGCAAGAAGGAUGAAAUGAUAUCAGAAUGUCUGGAAAAGUGUGGAGAGAGUCUGCAGGAAAUAGUGAACUACCACAUGAUCCUGUUUGAUCAGGCUCAGAGAUCUGUGAAACAGCAGUUACACAACUUUGUCAAAGAGGAUGUGCGUAAGUUUAAAGAGACGAAGAAGCACUUCGAUAAGGUGCGUGAGGAUCUGGAGAUAGCUCAGGUGAAGAACGCCCAAGCCCCCCGGAACAAACCCCACGAGGUGGAGGAAGCCACCAGCACGCUCAGCAUCACCCGCAAGUGCUUCAGACACCUCGCACUCGACUACGUACUGCAGAUCAACGUUCUACAAGCCAAGAAGAAAUUUGAGAUCCUAGACGCAAUGCUGUCGUUCAUGCAUGCGCAGUACUCUCUCUAUCAGCAGGGUUAUCACCUUCUGGAUGAAAUCGACCCGUAUAUGAAGAAGCUCGCUGCUGAGCUGGAUCAGCUGGUGAUCGACUCGGCGAUGGAGAAGAGAGAUAUGGAACACAAACACGCCACCAUACAGCAGCGGACUCUCCUACAGGACUUUUCCUACGAUGAUCCAAAGGUGGAGUUUAACGUCGAUGCUCCAAACGGAGUGGUGAUGGAGGGCUACCUGUUCAAGAGAGCGAGCAACGCCUUCAAAACAUGGAACAGGCGGUGGUUUUCCAUCCAAAACAGUCAACUGGUUUAUCAGAAGAAGCUAAAGGACUCAUUAACAGUGGUGGUGGAGGAUCUGAGGCUGUGCUCUGUUAAACCCUGUGAGGACAUCGAGAGACGAUUCUGUUUUGAAGUUGUUUCUCCAACCAAGAGCUGUAUGCUACAGGCUGAAUCUGAGAAGCUCCGGCAGGCCUGGAUUCAGGCUGUUCAGGCCAGCAUCGCCUCAGCGUACCGAGAGAGCCCAGAUAACUACUACAUCGAGCGUCUGGACCGAACAGCAUCUCCCUCCACGAGCAGCAUCGACUCGGCCAGCGAGCCGCGAGAGCGCAGCGGCAGGGCGGAGAGCAUCCUGCAGAGGGUGCAGUGUCUGCCGGGGAACGAGCUGUGCUGCGACUGCGGCCAGGCCGACCCACGCUGGGCCAGCAUCAACCUGGGCAUCCUGCUCUGCAUCGAGUGCUCCGGCAUUCACAGGAGUUUGGGGGUUCACUGCUCUAAAGUCCGAUCGCUCACUCUGGACUCGUGGGAACCUGAGCUGCUGAAGCUGAUGUGUGAGCUGGGAAACAAUGUAAUAAACCACAUCUACGAGGGGACGUGUGAGGAGCAGGGGGUGAAGAAGCCUGGACCCAACAGCACAAGGCAGGAGAAGGAGGCCUGGAUUAAAGCUAAAUACGUGGAGAAGAAGUUCCUGAAGAAGAUGGGGACGGGCGUGGUGAUGGUGAACGGGGAGAGGAAGUCAGAGCGGCGCUGGAGUGUGAAAAAGUGCAGACGACACAACAGCGCCACCAACGUGCCGAAACACCGGCGGAAAUACCGACAGGACCCGGGAUCUGCCUCAGCCGCAACCCUGUCCUCAGCUGCUGCUGCUCUGGAGAGAAAGUUCCGGCGGGAUUCUCUCUUCUGUCCGGAUGAGCUGGACUCUCUCUUCUCUUAUUUUGACACCGGAUCCGGACCUCGCAGUCCUGCAGGUUUGAGCAGUGACAGCGGGCUGGGGGGCAGUACUGACGGCAGCACAGACGUCCUGCUGUUCGGCUCGGUGGUGGACAGCGUCACAGAGGAGGAGUGUGAGGUGUCAGAAGAUUCGAGCGGUGAGGCGGAGCUGGAGCCGGAGGCGUCGGAUCCGGAGGAUUCGCGUGAGCUCCACCCCGGAGCGCUGCUCUAUAAAGCCUGUCAGGCGAGGAAUCUGCCGGUGAUGGCGGAAGCUUUAGCUCACGGUGCCGACGUCAACUCCGUCACCGAGGAGGACGAGGGCAAGAGCCCCCUCAUUCAGGCCGUCAUCGGGGGCUCUUUAAUAGCCUGUGAAUUUCUGUUACAAAACGGCGCCGACGUCAACCAAAGAGAUCUGAGAGGAAGAGGACCUCUACACCACGCCACAUAUUUAGGACACACAGGGCAGGUCUGUUUAUUCCUGAAGCGAGGAGCGACUCAGAACGAUGGUGAUGAUGACGGUCAGGAUCCGCUCAGUAUCGCGGUUCAGGCCGCUAACGCCGAUAUCGUCACGCUGCUCCGUCUGGCUCGGAUGAACGAGGAGAUGAGAGAGUCUGAGGGUCCGUUUGGUCAACCAGGAGACACGACGUACCUGGACAUCUUCAGAGAAUUCUCCCACAUGGCGUCUCACAACCCUGAGAAGCUGAAGAGGAGGAGUAUUCACUUCAGACACUCUUUCAGAGUUUGAUGGAUGAACUUCAGAGGAUCUGCAAACAAAACACACUCAACUCAACCCUUCACUGAGUUUUACUAGAAAACAUGAACUUUCAGUAGUUCCAUCAGAGAUAAAAAAAAAAAUACACAUUUGAAUGUAGCCUAAGAUUUCAGAUCCCUCGCUGAUCAUUACAGAACAACAUCUGAGUGAUUCACUUUGACCGUCGCUGUAUAAAAACAGACUGAUUGGUCGCUGAAAUCAGACUCCUGCCUGAGAUGAUGAUAGAUAUAAACUGAUAUAAACUGUGGUUUCGUUCUGAAUGUUUGAAAUGGUUUAAAGGAAUGUUUGUACAGCUUUAUAUGGGGAUCAGCUGGACUCAUCCUCCAAUGUUUCUAUCAGUGUAUCAGUGUGUUUAUAUAAUCUUUUUAUUUUUGUGUGUAUUUUAAUAUUGUUUAGAUUGUACUCACUGGCAGAGAUUAUCUACGCUUUACACGAAAUCAGCUUCUCUUAUUCUUCAUACAGUUAUUUUCAUCUUUUCAUGCAAAUCAUAUUCCAUUAUUGUUUAUUUUCUGUUAAGUUGAAGAGAAAACUGAAUGAUGGUGAUGAAUCCCAGUGUAUUUAGUAUUUGGGACGUUUGGCUGCGAAUACGUCCUGUCAGGACUUUUGGUUCGAGUGUGGAAUGUCUUGAAUGUGUUGAUUGGUGACUAUGCUGGUGUAGUCUUACUGCAAAAUCCUAUGCAGAUAUUGUACAUGUACAGUACUUUUUAGAUGCAAAAUGCUAAUAUAUCAUUAAAUGAUGGUAUUUUGUAACAAAUAAAUCAAAUCAUUGUU